AUGACCAAGUAUGUUACUUUCUCCUUUUCUUCCAGGAUCGAAUCAUCAACUUAGCUGUUGGUAGCUUAACAUCCUUGCUGCUUAUAGUCACUCUGAUCAGUGCUUUUAUCUUUCCUCAACUACCUCCAAAACCAGUGAAUAUAUUUUUUGCUUUCUGCAUCUCCUUGUGUAGUGUUUCUGCUGGCAUACUUAUCUACUGGUAUCGACAAGGAGACUUGGAACCUAAGUUUAGGAAUCUAAUUUACUAUAUCUUAUUUUCUAUUGUCAUGUUAUGUAUAUGUGCCAACCUGUACUUCCAUGAAGUGGGUAAAUGAUUGCAAGACUGUUCUUAGCUCCACCUUAGAAACAAAAGGGAUAAUCAGCUGGACAGGAAUGAAGAAAGGGGUUGUUCAGGGAUAAUCAGUACAUGAUUUUCAUGUAAAUGUAUAUCUAAAGUCCCUCGUGUUGGGAAGAAUUAUUGCCAUAUGACAUGACACUUUGCUUUUAUUUAAGAGCUAACUUUGCACUUAAUACACAUUCCAACUAUACUGAUGUUUCAGAUGGGCACAAGCUUUUUCAUUUUGGAAAAAAAUGCAUUUUUUUAUUGUACAGAUCUUUGCAAUGCUGCAAUUAUUUGUAACAGAAUAAAUAAAUGGCAUCUUACAGUUA